GGACUGCACCGGACUGAUCUCAAACUCAUGCAGCUGGUCUGAAGCCGAGUCGCGCAUGCGCGCAGAUGAGCUGUAGAUCUGAGGCCGCAAACUUCCGCUAAAGAUGGCGGCGCAGCGCAGGAGUCUGAUGCAGAGCCAUCAGAGCUGGACGGACGCUCUUCCUCUGUGUCAGCUGUGUGGCGUCGGUUCGGCCACAAACUGCGUGUACGGCCCUGACGGGAAAGGGACCCAGAGCCACCCGAACGAAGACGGACACUUCCGCUUCAGCACUGAGUGCUGCUUCCUCUACGGCGUGUUUAACGGGUACGACGGCAACCGCGUGGCCAGUUUCGUGUCUCAGCGUCUGACGGCGGAGCUGUUACUGGGUCAGCUGAGCGCCGGUCACACGGACGCAGACGUGCGCAGAAUCCUCUCACAGGCUUUUGAUGUUGUAGAGAAGAGCUACUUUGAGACCAUUGAUGAUGCUCUUGCAGAGAAAGCAAGCCUCCAAACACAGCUUCCUGAGGGCGUCUAUCUGUCGGCUCAGAAUCAGAAGAUUGCGGAGCGGCUGAAGGCUUUAGAGCAGGAGGUUUCAGGUGGAGCCACCGCCAUAGUCGCUCUGAUACUCAAUAAUAAACUCUACAUCGCCAAUGUCGGAACCAAUCGGGCUCUUCUCUGUAAGACCACCACUGAUGGGCAGAACCAGGUGAUCCAGAUCGGACGAGCGCACACGACCGACAACGACGAUGAGCUGUCCAGACUCGCCCAGCUGGGUCUGGAUCCGGUGCGAUUGAAGCAGACUGGACUGAUCUCAGGUCAGAGCAGCACUCGACGGAUCGGAGACUAUAAAGUCAAAUUCAACUACACAGACAUCGAUGUGCUCAGUGCGGCGAAGCAGAAGCCAAUCAUCUCGGAGCCUGAGAUCCAGGGGGGGCAAUCACUGGAGGGCGUGACGGGCUUCCUGUUGCUGAUGUCAGAGGGGCUGAUAAAAGCCCUGGAGUCGGCUCACGGACCGGAGCAGGUCAACCAGGAGAUCGUUGCCAUGGUAGCAGCGGAGCUGGCGCAGCAGAGCAGUCUGGAGGUAGCGGCGCAGUCGGUGGUGGAGCGCGUCAAACGUCUGCAUCACGACGCCUACGUGAGCGGCAGACAGAGGGCGCCGCACUGCGCCCGACACGAAGACAUGACGCUGCUGAUCAGAGUCAUUAACUACACGCUCGCAGACGGAUCGCUCACGCCCACACAAGGAGGACGGAUCUACCCGGUGUCUGUGCCGUACUCGAACCAUCAGAGCACCAGUAAAACCAGCGUUACGCUUUCUCUGGUCAUGCCGGCUCAGGGAACACUGACCAACGGCUCCAACACCACGGCCACGCUGGGGGAAGACACGCCGACCGCUGGUCAGAGCCCCACGGCGACGCUGCAGUCGACCAACACGCACACGCAGAGCUCCAGUUCCAGCUCCGGAGACGGCAGCCUGUUCCGGCAGAGAGGCAGUCAGGCGGCGCAGCCCGACGAGACGGGACGCGUGCCGCCCUACGUCGACUUCACGCAGUUCUACCGGCUCUGGGGCUCCGACCACAGCGACGGCCAGGGUCUGUCUGCAGAUCUGGGGCCGCAGUGAGGAGUCGCACGUGAAGCCCGUCCCAUCGGCCCUCUGCAGUCACAGGUGACUCGCCUACACAAUGUUAUUCACAUCUGCGAUCUCGUUGAACUGUAUUAUCGGACUGUAAUCAUGAAUGGAGGAGCUCUGACUCUGACAAAGAGAAAAUCAUCAGCCAGCGUCACAGGAGCAGGUUGUGUUCGUUCACAGUGACGUUUACGGUCCAGCAUCACGUUAUGAUCAGCCUGCUGUCCUUGAGUUUUACAGCUCCGCACACUCGUGUUUCUCUCAGCUUCUUUCUUUCUGCCUCAGCGGAGUUUGACGUCUCUGUAAGAUCACAGUGUGGUUAAACCGGCUGAGCUGCGUAUAUAUGUCUGUCUGUCUGUUUUCUGUGUUUGUGUGUUCUUUGAGUUUUUGUUGUCUUCCUAUAAUAAACAGCUCUUGUUUCAGA